ACAUGAUGCUGGAAACUGCAAGAGUGUUUUUACCCUAAUAAGAUUAAAACGUGAAAAGCAAUUAGAUUUUCGUGCAUAUCUAUCUUUUUGUGCAUUCCACCAAACUGUUCGAUCAUAACUUGUCAAGAUCUUGCUUUUUCCUUUUUUUUAUAAAUAUUUUAAUAUCCUUCUAAUGUGAAUGGUGAAAAGAGAUGCACAAAGAUAAGUGAUACUAUAGAUGUAUCUAAGUAUUACCCUUAUACCUUUGCCACGUAAGAUUAGAUACGAGAAGAGAAAAAAAUCUAUGAGUUAGUAAUAGGGCAACAAUAAACCACAGAAAAACCAAUUAAUACCUUUCCUCAUUGUCUAAUAAUAUCUAAAAGAAACUUCUUUUCAUGUUAAUGAACCAAACUAUGUUGUGCUAUAGCAUGAGCACAUUAUUUCUACCCUUUAGACAAGUGAUGAGAAUGGACAAUAUUUCGACUGAGUUCACCAGAAUGUAACCAACGGUUUUGCAUUUGUAAUAUGAAUUUGAAAGUUUGAGAUUCCUUAUACGAGGACCUUUUUUCAUGUAUCUAACAACACGAGAACCACCAAAAUGAGAAGGGAGUUGGUCCAAGCCAAAAGAAUUUUGACCUCCAUGAAAAUCCAGAUAGUGGGGCAUCCUUAUCUAAACAAUCAGAACCUGAAGUCCGACGUAGCCUUAUCCACAUUUCAACUUCAAAAACACUCCCUCUAAGAUCCUUUCGAACCACCAAAAUCUAAGAAAAUUUCUCUUCCUCAUCCUCCUCCGACACAAAAUCUAGCUUCAAUUUCAUUCCUCUGUAAAAACAUGGCAUCUUUGUGUUCAUUUCCACGCAUUUCCUCCACAGAGCCCAUCAAACAAUCGCCCGCCACUGCCCCUUUUCCGCCCUCCAACCACCCAAUAAGACCGUCGACCCUAUCCCUCCGCCAAAGCAGCCGCAAUCACAAGAGAAUUUCCACCGUGGUCGCCGCCGUUGGAGACGUCUCCUCCGACGGCACCACCUACUUGAUCGCCGGCGCCAUUGCUGUGGCUCUCGUCGGAACCGCCUUCCCCAUCUUCUUCUCUCGCAAAGACCUGUGUCCGGAAUGCGAAGGUGCAGGGUUUGUCCGGCGAUCGGGGUCGGCCCUGAGGGCAAAUGCGGCUCGCAAAGACCAAACUCAGAUCGUUUGUGCUCGUUGCAAUGGCCUUGGCAAGCUCAACCAAGUGGACAAAUAGAUUAAAACCUGCUUUUCCUUCCCUUUCGUAAAUUACAUUAUUUAUAAAUGUGAAUGUAAUAAAAUAUUUUUAAUAUGUUUCUACUCCAUCGACUUUGAGACUUAAUAUUAUGAAUUCUCGGAGAUGAAGAAUGUUGUUGAUCAAA